AGAGAGAGAGAGAAAGAGCGAGAGAGAGAGAGGAAACAGCUGGACUUGCUAUUUUAGUUACUUUUGUUGCUGCUGAAAAUCAAUUCAUCCAAAAUUGUAACUAAAAUUAUUAGUUUUGCGUUAGAUAGCGAUGCUCAUUUACUUCACUUGAGUACCCAAACGAAGCACAAGAACGCCAAUUCGAGAUGAUCAAAGCCUGGCCUGGCCUGGCCAGCUUACCGGGCUGACGGCGGUCAGCUGGGUCAGCUGCUGCCAGGCGCCAGGGGUUUGGUUAAACGUGAUUAUGUGAUUGACGCAAACCAUCGAUGGGUUGGCUCAUGGUUUCGUUGGUGCAGCGCGUCUGCAUGAUUCGUUUGGGCACUUUGGGUCGUAGGAGUGGUCAUGGCUAUUCCUGAACUAUGGUUUUUAGUAGAAACCGCCGGUACACCUGCUGCGAUUCAAGCCAACGCCCACGCAGUUAGUAGAUCCCUUGAAUGGCAUAAUCCAAAUGUUUCCGCCGCUCAACAGGCGGCCGCGAUGGCUAUGCCAGCCAAGCCGCAGCCGGCAGAGAUUCAGGAGUCGUUGACCGUGCCAAUGCCAAUCAAGGAGGAGCCCAUGGCUAGUGUCAGCGACGGCAGCGAGGCCAUCGAGACGAGCUCCGCCAACGAAAACAACGCCAUGGAAUCCGACAAUGGCGGCAAAAUACCAUUUAAGAAAAUAUUCCAAAAGCGCAAGAAGUCAUCGGAACGCACUCGCGAUAAGAAAUUGCGGCAAAACCGGCAGCUGCGCAAGUCCAUGUUGCCCAAGAACGCGCUAAUGGCCCUCAAUGAGGUGAAGGGCAUUAAUAUUAGUGACUUUACCAUCAACAGCAAUCCGGAUGGCGGCUUCACGGCCAUCGUCACCGUCAACACCAGGCAGUACGAGGGCAAGGGCCCUUCCAAGAUGGCCGCCAAGAACUUAGCGUGCGAGAAGGCCCUGCGCGAUUACAUCAUUGCCAAAAUGACGCCGAAGCCGAAGAAGCCGGCGACAAAGACGUCUGCGGAGUCCGACAUGAAGAGCGAGGACGAAAAUGAGCCCAUGGACACGGAGAAUAAUGAGAAUCCGCCGGAGGAUGAAGUGCCGAUGCUAAACCUGGCCUCCUUUGCCAUCUACAAGCUGUUCGCCGAGUGGGAGCGCGAAGGCUACAUUGUGCCCGAGAUGCAUCCAUCGUCCACAAACACAUCGGCACCGCAAGCCGAUGCCAGCUCGCCGAAUGCCGCGGCAGCUGUCGUCACCCCAAAGGAGCCGAAGAAGCCGCCCGUGCGCACCGAAUUGCCCCUCAACUGGGAGAGUAUGCAUCCAGCCACAUUGUUAUGCGUGAUGCGCCCGGGUCUGUCGUAUGUGGACUACGGCUCUAUCGGCGAGAAGCCAAAUGUGCUGCAGCGGCUGGGAGUCAUCGUGGACAAUCAGGAGUUCACCGCCACCGGCCGAUCCAAGAAGAUUGCACGGCGGAAUGUGGCUGUCAAUGUAUGCAACUCAUUGUUCAACACAAAUUUCAUAUAUGAGGAGUAUUAGAUAGUAUAUGCAUAUGUAUGUAUUUAUGUAUAUGCAUAUGUAUGUUAGCCGAAUCUUAGAAGUGUAAUUAUGUAAUAUGUGGCUACUAUUUAUACCCGCUCGCAAUGGGAUUAGAGUAUAUUGUUUUCCUGUAAUUUGAAUAUCUCGCUGUCGUCCAUCCGGUAUGAUCGUAGUUCGACUGCAGACUCGGCAAAAUACAGCAGUUUAGGAGUAGAACCAACCAAAUUUGUGAGAUUUCUAGUUACGCCAAUUAUAAACCCAAAGCCAGAGUAAAAGUUUGGCGAGCUUUAUAAUAUCAAGAGAAACAAAAUCAGUAUGUCUAUCAGUAUGUUUUCGAGCUCGGUUGGAUCCGAUCGUAACGCUCUUGCUUGUUAAUUGCUUAAAUUAUAUUUCAACACUUCGACAUUAUCGUAAAAUAUAUGCUCACAUCGGACGUACUACAUGGGGUGUUUAUAAAUAUAGCAUAAAUACAUA